AGUUAGUGUAAUGGAUACAGAGAAUAAAGGUGAAUGUAAUACUCACACGCACUAUCCAUCAUUAAGAGACGUUCUCCCAAGAUCAACAGAUCGAUGGAUAUUGGGCCAAAGAUUAGAUGGAGGAGCAGAAGGCUUGUGGAGGAUCCAUAAUAAAUUAUACGAUCUAACAAAAUUUGUUGAAAAUCAUCCAGGUGGUAAAGAAUGGCUGGAAAUGACACAGAACACUGAUAUAACCGCAGCUUUCGAAGCACAUCACAUAUCACUGGCUGCCGAAAAGCUCUUACCAAAAUUUUAUGUGCGAGAUGCUCAAACACCAAGUCACUCAUUAUUAACAUACCAUGAAAACGGCUUCUAUAGAACAUUGAAACGUCGUGUUCGAGAAGAAAUCAAAAAUAUACCAAAAAUAGCCAAGAAAAAAUCCAAACUUAUAUUAGAUUGUUUCAUUCUGGGUACAUUUAUUAGUUCAAUGCUAGCAACAGCCUAUUGCCCGUUCAUAUUUGUAGCCGCGUUAUUUUUGACUUGGACAACAAUAGCAGCACAUAAUUUCUUUCAUCAAAGAAACAACUGGAGAAUGUAUGCUUUUAAUUUAUCUAUGAUGAAUCACAGAGAAUGGCGAAUAUCGCAUGCCUUGUCACAUCACUUGCAUCCAAACACCCUGGUCGACAUGGAGCUCAGCAUAGCCGAACCGUUUUUGUCAUGGCAAUCAAAAGAAAAAAGUAUUUUGAGGUAUAUUUCUUGGACUGUGUCACCUGUAUUUUAUGCCAGUCUCUAUAUCACGCAAUAUUUAUCGAGAGUGCUGGAUGCUAUAGAAAGAAGCAGACUUCAUACCCCGUUAUGGCAAGAGGUGAUUCCAUUCUCUUUGCCUUUGGCAAUGCUGCUCACAUCAAGUUUGCCUGUGAUCUCCACGUUAAAAAUAUGGCUCAUGAUUGUGGUAAUAGCAAGUUUUUUCUUUGGUGUAACCGCUUUCAACGCAGCACACCAUCAUCCAGAAAUUUAUCAUCACGGAGAUACCCCUAGAGAAGAUUUGGAUUUCGGUAAAUUUCAGAUUGACACGGUUAUGGAGAGACAGGAAGUCACAGGUUCAUUAUUUCUGGUUUUAACAACUUUUGGUGAUCACGGUUUACACCAUUUAUUUCCAACGUUAGAUCACGCCGAAUUGCCAUAUUUGUAUCCAGUUUUUCGGCAAGUUUGUAAAGAAUUCGGUAUGAAUUUACGAUUUACUAGUCAAUGGGAUUUGUUCAAAGGCCAAUUCCGUCAAUUGCUAAAAACAGUCCCAAAUAUGAUAGCUCCAGAUAAAGUGAGAAAAUAAU